GCGCCGUGGGUUUGCGCGAGGAUAUAAAGUUCCGCAGUGAUCCUCCUCAUUGAUCCGCUCUUCACUCUCCCGACUCCACGCGCGCGCGCGCGGACUUCUCCCUCGUCCCUUGGUUCCGUUCGUCCGCAUCAUGAAGGAAAGGAGACUCGCGCAGCCGCGCGUCGCGAGGUGUAAACUCGUGCUGGUCGGGGACGUCCAAUGCGGUAAAACGGCGAUGUUACAGGUCGUGGCCAAGGACUGCUACCCAGAGACUUACGUCCCCACUGUGUUCGAGAACUACACGUCCUGUCUGGAGCUGGAGGACCAGCGUGUGGAGCUCAGCCUCUGGGACACAUCAGGUUCUCCGUACUACGACAACGUCAGACCGCUCUGCUACAGCGACUCCGACGCAGUGCUCCUGUGCUUCGACAUCAGCCGGCCGGACGCGGUGGACGGCGCGCUGAAGAAGUGGAAAGCAGAGAUCCGGGACUUCUGUCCCAGCACACGGAUCCUCCUGAUCGGCUGCAAGACGGACCUGCGCACCGACGUGUGCACCCGCAUGGAGCUGUCCAAUCAGAAGCAGACCCCCGUCUCCCACGAGCAGGGCUCGUCCUUGGCCAAGCAGCUCGGGGCGGAGGCCUACCUGGAGUGCUCGGCCUUCACGUCGGAGAAGAGCAUCCACAGUGUUUUCCGCACCGCCGCCCUGGCCUGCCUGAACCAGCUGCAGCCCGCCGACAAACCCAGCCCCGUCCGCCGCCUCUCCAAGAGAUUGCUGCACCUGCCCAGCAAGACGGAGCUGCUGUCCUCCACCUUCGGCAAGGACAAGUCCAGGAGCUGCUCCGUCAUGUGAGCGCUGCCGAGGUCGUUCCUGUGUGGCAACGGACAAGCAGGCGGGUCGGCGAGGGGCGAUCGCUGUCUUCUUUGCAGCAUCCUCCCCAAACUGCCCGACAACCAAAAAAAAAAAAAAAAAAAAGUUUGCUCCGCUCUCUAUAUUCAACUCUGACGCCGGACCACGACAUAUCUGUUAAAUGCAGCCUCGCGCGAAGCUCGCUGCGAGUGCUAAGAGAGUAAGAGCCGUGCCUCCUCUUCGCAGUGGUUGUAAACACUGCGUUUGACUCCAUUACCCCGACGGGAGGCGUUUUAAAUUCUGAUCGCGGAGCCCUCCCCCAUCCAUCCCUCUUUCCGAGCGUCUCUUUAAGGUCACAAUGGGCUGAAUGAUGAGAUGAGAAGUAAAAUCCAACAGUUACAGCACGUGCUUUCAACAGAAAUGCGGCACCGUGGAAUUUAAAACAGUGGUCUUUAUAGAAAUUACUCCCUCGCUCCUCCCGCCUCCCCCCAAUCCUCUUGACCCCUCGCGGUAUUUCGUUUGGGGGAAUUAAAGCUGACAGUGGAGAGAAACGGGCGAGGGCAGGGAGGGAUUUGGCAAAGCCGAGUGUUCCUUUGCAAAGGCAGUCUGGGGACAAACACAUCGCAGUGUGACUCAGUUCUCCCAUGAGCCACCAAGCAGUCCGGGGGGGGGGGGAAGCCAUGACAAAGCAAACACCAAGUCAAUUCUGAGCGCUUAUUUCUCAGAUCCCUUUCUUCAUCACCCGACGGCCUCGGCGGUCUUGUUUGUUUCUCCACAAGCUAGACCUUAAAAGAUUUAUUUUGAGCCACACAGAACUGUUUUUGUACCAAAAGGAAACCCAAGAAAACUUUUUUUAUGAUCCUGUGCCUCAUCGAUAUUUUAAAAAAAAAGUCCUCAAAUUUGAACUUUGGACUGUAAAGGGUUGAUUGGUUGCAGGGCCGAGCUGGACGUCGCCACUGUUCACCCUCGACAACCGUUUAGUUCUUUGUGAGGAUUGUUGCAGAAAAUAACCUCUGUGGCAAACAAAAGCUUGUGAUACCAAGUUGACACCAAGUGUUGUUCAGCGAGCUGAUCCUUACAAAUUAUCCGCACUUUGUAUGAUUUUAGUGUAAAUGCAGCCGUCUGAAUUUUCUUCAUUUCCCCCCCGUCAGCCUCUAUAGUCUCCCACAGCAACGCCUCUGAAAGAUCGGAUAUUUGCGGGGAUAAACCAAAUCUCUUAAGCCUGCGUUAUCCACAGAUCUCAUUUCGGGCCUCCAACCAGAAAGUCUUAAGAAAUAAUAUUAUAUAGAAUAUUGUUAACAGUUACCUGAGAUGCACCUGCUGCGUUGACGCUAAAUGUCCCCACGAUGAGAUGAAAGGUCGGGAGGUUGACUUGAGUCACAGGCUGGUCCUGUCUGGAGAAAGGUGUUUUUUCUUUUUCUCCCUCCUUUUCCAUUAAUGCUUUCAUGCUUUAUUUUUCAAUUUCCCCCGAAAAGCGUCUUGACUUGUUCCAUUUUUUUGCUCCUGUAGUUUGUCGAUGUUUAAUUCCCUCCCCUCUUCUGGCAUCCGCGGCUGUUGACAGCUCAGCUAAUGGAGGACUUGAUGAUUUGUAGGCCCACACCGAGAGUCCCGGAGUUCUCGGGAAUUUUGCGCGUUGCCUGGCAACCCUGUGAGCAGGGCUGUGGGUUUGGGUGAGGGGGGGGGGGUUUCCUCACUGAGAGAGAUGGCGCCUCACCUUUUAUUUGUAGCAUUAGACGCAAGACCGGGGGACCCGAGGCCUCCGAAACCCGUCGCUGCCGCCGAUAUUUCAAACAAGCUCCGUUUGAUUCAAACGCGCAGACGUUGUUUAACCCUUUUUCUCGCUCGUCUUUUGACAGAUGGGCUUGUUUCCUCGUACGUUUCCUUCCUUGCUUCCAAAACUGCCCCCCCCCCCCUAAAAAUGAAUGUUGAAGCAAAAAACUAAACUUUUGUGUCAAGUUGCCUUUUAUGGCUUUAAAUUAUUGACUGACUUCUGUAUUUGUUAUUGUUACAUGCUACUUUCUUUUAACUCUUAAUUUAAAUAAAUAUGUCUGAAGUAAA